AUGUCGAACCCAACCCCACCUCCGAUCCUUCCAGUCUCAACCACGUCCACAACCACCGCCGGCUCCGUCCAAUCCCAGGCCCCGAUCGCCACCCCAGCCUUCCGCGCCUUCCUCACCCACAUCUCGGAAAAUCUCCGCAACGGCCUCUCCCAGCGCCGCCCCUGGUCCGAGCUCUUAGAUCGCUCUGCCUUCGCCAAGCCCGAGUCGCUCUCCGAAGCCACCGGCCGCGUCCGCAAGAACUACUCCUACUUCCGCGUCAACUACCUCGCCACCGUCGCUCUCAUCGUCGCCGUCUCCCUCUUCACCCACCCCUUCUCUCUCCUCGUCCUCCUCGGCCUCCUCGCCGGCUGGCUCUUCCUCUACCUCUUCCGGCCCUCCGAUCAGCCCCUCGUCAUCUUCGGCCGCACCUUCUCCGACACCCAGACCCUCUGGGGCCUCAUCGCCUUCUCCAUCUUCGUCGUCUUCCUCACCUCCGUCGGAUCCCUACUCAUCUCGGCUCUCCUCGUCGGUGCUGCCGUCGUCUUCGCUCACGGCGCCUUUAGGGUUCCCGAGGACCUCUUCUUGGACGAGCAAGAGCCUACAGCCUCCACUGGCUUCCUCUCCUUCCUCAACGGCGCUGCCUCCAAUGUCGCUGCCGCCACAGCCCCGGCCGUCAUCGCCGCUCGCGGUUGA